AUGGAAAAAAAUAGCAAAGAUGAUAAGUCGUUGCAGGAAAUUAUUCAGCAAAAAUUUCCCGCAAAAAAAAACGAAUAUAAAAACAACUGCUUUUAUUAUUCUUCGGAAAAUAUAAGUGUCAAUGAAUUAAGUAAAAUUUUGGCGUUAUCAGAGGAAUUAUUAGCCGAUUAUUGCCGCAGUGUCCGCAUAAAAUUACAAAAGCAAAAAGAAAGAGAUUUUUCCCCAUUUAUUACCGAGUAUUUAACUACUGUCAACCAUAACGCCCAAUUACAAGAACGCCCACCAAUUAUUAGUAUUAUGGGACAUAUUGACCAUGGCAAAACCACUCUCUUAGACACUAUUCGCCAAACCAACCUACAACGAAAAGAAGCGGGCGGAAUAACCCAAAAAAUUACUGUUUCUCAAAUAGAAUUUCACGGCCAAAAACUUACUCUGCUAGAUACGCCUGGCCAUAAUGAUUUUAUUCGGCUGCGUCAGCGCGGAGUUUCCUUGACUGAUAUAGUGGUAUUAAUAAUUGACGCUCGCGAUGGAAUAAUGACCCAAACCGAAGAAAUUAUUAAUUAUCUGCACCAGUAUAAAUUGCCCGUUAUUGUUUUUAUUAAUCACAAAAAACCGGCUGAAACCGAUAAUGAAAAAAAAGAAAGCGUUAAUCAUCUCAUGGAAAAUGCUCUACUUUUAACUGAUUGCCAGGCUAAUCAUCAAGGUCCUGCUAAUGGUGUGGUGGUUGAUAGUUAUCUUCAUCCGCAAUUAGGAGCAACGGUCAUGGAAUUAUUAAUUCAAGGAGGUCGUUUAAAAGAAAAAGAUGAUAUUUUUUGCCAAGGAAAACUAGGUAAAAUAAAAAUAUUAAAGAAUAUUCAUGACCAAAAAGUAACUGAAAUUCUUCCGGGUGAUUUAGCCAAAGUUAUUGGUUGUGAUUUUACCGCUGAAUUAGGCGAAAAGUUUGUCGUAAUAAAUAAUGAAAGGGCAAAAAAAGUUUUGGAAAAAGAAUUAAUAAAUUAUUCCUCCAACGACAAUAAAUUAAUUCCUCCGGCUACUAGUAGCAAAAAGAAAAAUAUUAAUUUAUUUUUAACAGCAGAUAGUCAAAACAGUUUGGAAUCUCUCACCAAUUUAGUGCAAAAAAAAUCUCCUACCAAUCUCAAUUUUUCCCUAAUUUAUACGGCUAUCGGUAAUUUACACGAUUCAGAUUUAGAGUUAGCUCGCGUUACUCAAAGCACCAUUUUAUCUUUCGGACUACCAACUAAUUCUAACCAAGAAAAACUUAUUAAAGAAAACAAUAUUCCUUUUUUUAAUAGCCGAAUUAUUUAUGAAAUAGAACAAGAAUUAGAUAAUAUUAUUGCUGGUUGUCAAGAAAAAAGAGAAGUAGAAAAAUUACUAGGAACAGCCGAAGUGAAAAAAGUCAUUCAUUUUUCCAAGAGUAAUAUUGCUGGUUGUCAAGUAGUUAGUGGGAAAAUUAGCCGUAAUAAACUUGUUUAUGUUCUGCGAGGAAAAGUGAAGGAAAAAAUUUUUACGGGAGAAAUUAAGAGUUUAGAAAGCAAAAACAAGAGCGAAUCAGAGGUAAUGAGCGGUCAAGAGUGUGGAAUUGUUCUGAAAGGGUUUGAUAAAUUUCAGGAAGGCGAUAAAAUUAUUUCUUUUCAAAUAGUAGUAGAAAAUGUUAAUGAACAAUAA